GUAGGAAGUGAGUGUGAGUGAGAGGCAGACUGUGGUCAGAUCACAUAUUACUUUAGACGUGGAAGACCUUAGCUCUGGAGGUUGCAAGAACAGGGAAAACGAAGAGAAAGAUGACCGUGUGCAUAUCGGAUCGGUGACGGGGUUGGAGCCGAUGUUGGGGAGGUCUCACCAAGCCCACCAAUGAACGCCUCCGGCUGCUAUAACCCGUCCACGGGCCCCACAGUGCUCCAGGGCAACCGCUUUGGGGGCAUCCCCACAGUGCUUCUCAUCUCCUUCCUCAUCUUCCUGUUCUUGAUCCUGGUCUUCUCAUUUCUGCGGAAGGUCGCCUGGGAUUACGGACGUCUCGCCAUCAUUCCCCACCAUGAGGGUGAGGCGACAGAGAGGAGCACAAAUGGAGCUGAAUCCCGGGUGAGGGUCUUCUCUGGCACCUUGUGGAUGAACGACGCUGGUUUCUGUUCAUGGCUGACUAGGAUCUUCACCCUGCGGGAUGAGGAAAUCCGGGAGCAGUGCGGGGACGAUGCCAUUCAAUACUUGUCCUUCCAGCGUUAUGUCAUAGUGCUUCUGACAGCCCUCAGCGUCCUGUCCGUCGCAGUCAUCCUCCCCGUCAACCUCUCCGGCAGUUUGCAUACCAAUGAUCCUAUAAGUUUUGGCCGAACGACCAUCGCAAACAUGAAGACAGACAAUAACCUGCUGUGGUUACACACGGUCUUUGCUGUCAUUUAUUUAUUGCUCACAAUCUUCAUCAUGAAGCACCACACCUCCAGGAUGCAAUACACAGAAGACCAUGUGUCUAAAUGCACAUUGUUUAUCGCCGGGAUCCCCAAAGGCACCAGUGAGGACACCAUAACCCAAUACUUCAGUGAGGCCUAUCCCACAGUCAGCGUGUUGGAUGUGCAGCGAUGCUAUGACGUGGCGAGGCUGAUUAAGGUGGAUGUGAAGAGGCGGAAGGUGGAACGCAGUGGGAGGUACUACACAGACCUGCUGCAGAGAGAGGGGCAGCAUGUGCGGAUUAACACCAAACCUUGUGGCCAGUUCUGCUGCUGUGAUGUCAGCGGGUGCGAAAGGGUGGAUGCAGUGGAGUACUACUCCGGCUUGAAGGAGAGAGUGAUGGAGGAGUUCGAGAGGGAGAAGGAGAGAGCGGAGAGUAAACCCCUCGACCUGGCCUUCGUCACCUUCCAGGACACCAGUAUGGCAACACUUGUCCUGAGAGAUUUCAACACCGUCAGAUGUCAUGGAUGUACAUGGCGGGCAGAACCUCAGCCGUCGUCCUUCAGUCAGACACUUCACCCACAAUCAUGGACAGUCAGCUAUGCUCCCGAGUCCCCGACCAUCUACUGGGAGAAUAUCUCAGUCCACGGGAUCCGCUGGUGGAGCAGUUGUCUCAUUAUCAACUUUUUCCUCUUUAUUCUGCUCUUUUUCCUCACCACCCCUUCCAUCGUCCUUUCCACCAUGGACAAGUUCAACGUCACCAAACCCAUCGAGUACCUGAACAGUCCCAUCAUCAGUCAGUUUUCAUCCACGUUUCUGCUCUGGACUUUCUCUGCCCUCCUUCCCAUCCUGGUGCUCUACUCCUCACUGCUGGAACGCCACUGGACAAGGUCGGCAGAAAACCGGAUCACAAUGCACAAACUCUACACCUACCUCAUCAUCAUGGUGUUGAUCCUGCCCUCACUGGGCCUCACCAGUUUGGAUGUCUUCUUCCGUUGGCUGUUUGACAAGAAGUUUCUGGAAAAUGGCAAGAUCCAAUUUGAGUGUGUGUUCCUCCCUGACCAGGGAGCUUUCUUUGUUAAUUAUGUGAUCGCUUCGGCCUUCAUUGGAAAUGGGAUGGAGCUGCUCCGCCUUCCCCAGCUGCUGCUCUACACCGGCCGCAUGAUCCUGGCCAAGACAGCCGCCGAGAGGAGUGUCGUCAAGCAGCACCAGGCGAUCGAGUGUGAGUUUGGAGCAAGUUACGCUUGGAUGCUGUGCAGUGUGACCGUGGUGGUGGCUUACAGCAUCACCUGCCCCAUCAUCGUACCGUUUGGGCUGAUCUACACUCUCCUGAAGCACAUGGUGGAUCGACACAACCUGUAUUACAGUUUCCUGCCAACCCGGCUCGAUCGCAGGAUUCACUCUGCUGCUGUCAAGCAGCUGCUCGCUGCCCCCAUUAUCUGCCUCUGCUGGCUGCUCUUCUUCUCUGUGCUGCGUGGGGGAGUCAACGCCUCAACCUCCAUCUUCACGUUCUUUGUGCUGGUGCUGACCAUCCUCGCCUGCCUCGCCGCUGGCUGUUUUGGUUUCUUCAAGCGCUACUUUGACAACCUGCUGGGUAACAGGCCCCCAGAUCAGCAAACACCCCAGGAGCCAGUGGACACCACCAUGAAAUCUGAUGCCUACACCCCCAGAGUAUUGCGGGUCCCCUUGUCAGAGUCCAGCCCCCUGGAACCCCGGAGCCAGAAGUCAUACGGAACCCUGGAGGAGCAGGGCGGGCAGAACUUGGACGAUAGUGACGACGUCUGUUUGGUGGAAGCUGGAUCCAGUGAGCACAUUCAUGUCAUGAGGAUGUCCCAAGACCAAUGGUUAGAGGUGACUGGUGCUGGAAGGAAGCCAAGUACAUAAAUAUAGCAGAUUUUGGAUCUUGGUCCUUAAAAGCAACCGACAAAAGCAACAAACUGAUCGUAGAAU